AGACCCGCCCACUUCCUUUGGGAAAAAGUGCUCAGCUAUUUUUUUUUUAGCUGACGUCUUUGUAUUUUUAGCUGUUAGCAGUCGCUGCUAAGUAACUUUCCGGCGGCUUCCUUCACCCUAAGUAGACACACGAGUUGCACGAAGUCCACGCCGAGAACAAGAGCACUCACGCGGCUUUUGCAAAGUUACUAUGGAAGAAGUACAGCAGGGCAGCAAUGGCACUGAGAGUGCCAUUUCCACUCUCCUCUCAUCCUCUCAGUUCUCACAGAUAGCCCAACAGAUGUCGCUAGGUGGUGGUUCGGUGGCUGUUGUACAACUGCCUGGGGGUCAGUUUCAGGUGCAAGGAGUGAUCCAGAGUGCACAGUCGUCAGUCAUUCAAUCCCCUCAGGUGCAGUCUGCACAGUCCCAGGGUUCAGACAGUGACGAUUCACAGGACUCCUCAGACAGCGGGGCAACAGCCCAACACACAAGAGAAAUACUGGCAAGGCGUCCCUCAUACAGAAAAAUUCUAAAUGAGCUUUCUUCUGAGGAAGUGUCACACAUUGAUGGGAAGGACAACAGCCCAGCAUCCACAGGAGUGACAGGUGUUUCACUAUCCAGCGGCCAAAUCUACCAGACCAGCGGCGGCCAGUACAUUACUAUAGGUCCGAAUGGCCAAAUCCAGCUGGCGACUACAUGCACCGAAGGCAUUCAGGGAUUACAGGCUGUCACCAUGGCCAACUCUGGUGGCGCCCAGCAAGGCACCACCAUCCUUCAAUAUGCCCAGACACCUGAUGGGCAGCAGAUACUGGUGCCCAGCAACCAGGUUGUUGUACAAGGUGCAGGAGGAGAAGUACAAACGUACCAGAUUCGCACAGCGACCGCAUCCAGCUCCAUGCCUCAGACUGUAGUUAUGACCUCUCCUAUGGGAAUAUCUCAGGGCAAAUCUGAUGAUCCAACAUUUAAGAGAGAAGUCAGGCUGGCAAAAAACAGAGAGGCAGCCCGUGAAUGUCGAAGGAAGAAAAAGGAAUAUGUUAAAUGCCUGGAAAACCGUGUUGCUGUCCUCGAGAACCAAAACAAGACCCUGAUAGAAGAACUGAAAACAUUAAAGGACCUUUAUUGUGUUAAAACGGGAUAACCUGUCUGAAUGCAGGUCAAGCAUUGAGAUGUGGCAGCACACAGCUCAGCCAUUCGGACAUGUUGGGGUUUCUGGGAACACUUCAUUUCAAGCUGAGAUCCUCCAGUUUUUUUACUCUGUUUGAUACGAAAGUGAUCACAGUGAGAUAUACUCAACAAAUGAAAAAUGAAAAAGAAAUUGGCCAUUUUUUCCACCUGCGGUUUUUUACUAAAUUUGCUAAUUCUAUAACAUUUAUAGUUGUGUACAUUUUUAAUACUGGGAGGUAUGAAAUCCUGAGCUUUAACUUUUAAGUCUCAGUUUCAAAAUGUAUCCCUUCCUUUUCUCUUGUUUUUAAAAUGUUACUGUUGGAUAUAUCUUUUUUCUUUUUAACAGCAUCUGCAGAGUAUUGCCUGUAUAAUUACUACACAGACACAAUUCCUGUUUUAUUUUAUGAACCAACAAUUCCCUGUAUCUCUCCAUUACAAUUUUCAUUCCUUAUUUUUGUGCAAUGGAAUAUCAAGGGUAAGAGUAAUUUUGACGUCGAGUGUUGUUUGUUUGGUGGUUUCUUGGCAGUUACUUAGACAAUCAGGGAAAAAGCACAGUGUCCAGGUAAUAUUUAUUUUGUGCAUCUUGGGAGGGAUGGGGAAGAAGAACAAACUGUUUAUGAAAUGUUGCUGAUUCUGUAAGAAAAUAAAUAUAUUUUCACUCAAAA